CAAUGAGGCUGUCAGAUGCACUAUUUAUCACCUGGCUCCAGAAAGAUGCUGAGGCAGAAAGGCGCAGCUAGAGCGCUCGCCUGUAUCAUCGUUUUUUAUCUGCGUUUGCUUUAAGGGCUGUUAUAAAAAAAAAAUAGACAGCAUUCGUGAAGCCGAGAUGAGAAUAGCAUAGAAGUACUGUUUAUGUCUGCGUACCAACCGAUUUUUGAUUUAUUACUUCUUCUGCGGAAUUACCAUCACUGUGACACUCGUUUGGCGUAAAAGGGAUACAGCGCAAGUGGUUUGAGAUUAGUACUAUUCGAAAAUCAUCAUGAGUACCGUACUUCAACAACAGGCUGUCCAUAGCCCACUAGAGAAGCAGCAGGGCACCUCAAUUUUGUGCCACAACUGUGGGAAAGCUUGCAAAGGAGAGGUCCUGCGUGUUCAGAACAAACAUUUCCACCUUAAAUGCUUUGUCUGCAAAGUGUGUGGCUGUGAUUUGGCCCAGGGUGGUUUUUUCGUACGUCAAGGAGAGUACAUUUGUACCUUGGAUUACCAGAGGCUGUAUGGAACACGCUGCUUUAGCUGUGAUGAGUUUAUAGAAGGGGAGGUGGUUUCUGCUCUGGGGAAAACCUAUCACCCAAAGUGCUUCGUCUGUGCUGUUUGCAGACAGCCUUUUCCUCCAGGCGACCGGGUGACUUUCAAUGGGAAAGAAUGCAUUUGCCAAAAGUGUUCACAGCCCUUGCCUGCCAACAGCCCUGCACCAGUCCAAGUUGUCCGAAACUGCUGUGGCUGUGGAAAAGAUUUUAAAAAUGAACAGUCUCUGGUGGCUUUGGACAAACACUGGCACCUUGGGUGCUUUAAAUGCAAAAUUUGUAAUAAAGUGCUGAACGCAGAAUACAUCAGCAAGGAUGGGGUUCCUUACUGUGAGGUCGACUACCACGCAAUGUACGGCAUUCAGUGUGAACAGUGUAAGAAGUACAUCACAGGCAAGGUGUUAGAGGCAGGUGAUAAACAUUACCACCCGUCUUGUGCAAGAUGUGUCAGGUGUAACCAGAUGUUUGGAGAGGGAGAAGAGAUGUAUCUUCAAGGUUCUUCCAUUUGGCAUCCACCCUGCAGACAGGCUGCCAGAGUAGAAGAGAAACAUAAGAAGCAGGUCCGGAUUCUCCUCAGUGACGGUUCUUCCCAGGUAACAAGAACUUCUUCAGAAAGCAUCACAUCUGUGCCUGCAUCGAGCACAUCUGGGUCACCCAGCCGUGUCAUCUAUGCUAAGCUUGGAGAUGAGCUUCUUGACUACAAGGAUCUGGCUGCGCUCCCUAAAGUUAAAGCCAUCUACAACAUUGACCGGCCUGACAUGCUGACCUACUCCCCAUAUAUCAGCUAUAUAUCAGAAGACAGACAUUACGGAGAGUUACAGUCACCCCAGCUGCUUUCUCCAACACCCACUGAGGGUGACCACAAUGACAAAUCCCCUGGCCAGAGGAGGGCCUCCAGUCCCGGCUCCCACAGCUCCCUGGGAUACGGACGCUACACUCCAUCGCGCUCUCCUCAGCACUACAGCAGGCCAGGCUACAAGCAAGAUCUUCUUGAAAAUAAGAUGUGGCAUCUCAGUUUGCCAGCUCACGGUAGUGAAAGUGGUCGGAGUACCCCCAGCUUAUCUGCAUAUUCAGACAGCAAAUCUCCUUCCUAUGUGCAAGCGCCCAGGCAUUUCCAUAUACCAGACACUAGGACAAAAGAUAAUAUCUAUAGAAAACCCCCUAUCUACAAACAGCAUGUAUUAAGGACAUCUUGGCAGGAUGGAGACGAUGCAGACAGCAGAAAGAUGAAGACAAGCUGGUUGAUUUUAAAGAGUGAGAUGGACGCUAGAUCUGGUUCAGAUGAUAUCGACCCAAGAACGUCCACUUGCAGUCUUCCCAUUGAUUCCUCCCAGCCCAGUUUCCCUUAUUCUAAAUCAGCCUCCCUACCUGGGUAUGGUAGAAAUGGAAUCCACAAGGCCUCAGACCUCACUUCAUAUGAAGCAGAGCAGUACUCCAGCUGGGGAAUGAGAGAGUACAAGGUUUACCCCUAUGAAGUUCUCGCAGUGACAAACAGAGCUCGAGUGAAACUGCCAAGGGAUGUGGACAGAACCAGGCUGGAGAGGCAUUUGUCCCCAGAGGAGUUCCAUAAUGUCUUUGAAAUGACGAUUGAAGAAUUUGAUCGCUUAGCCUUGUGGAAAAGAAAUGACCUUAAGAAGAAAGCACGUCUUUUCUAAAAAUUAAAAAAAGAAAGAAAAUGGUAUCAAAAUUGUUGCUUAGCUUCCGUCCUGCCUGACAAAAGUAUAUAUUUACUUUCUUGCAGAAUCGUCACUGUUAGAAUAAAAACUAAUUGGAAGCCAGCAGGGAUACAGAGUAGCUAAAGUUGCAUGGCCAGCUUUGUGUUUUACCCAAGUGUGACACUGGUCUUAGCCAUAACCCUUUCUUUGCUGGACAAAUAUUCUUUCUAAUCCGCACACAGGUCUUUGUUGCAGUUGGUACUAUGAAGUAACUCACCUGUACACAGCUCAUUCUAUUAGAUACAUUGUCUAAUUUUGCUGCAGUAAAGACUAAUUAAAAGUUAUUCAGCAUCCUAAGGCCAAAGCAUGGAUGAGGAAAGAUUACCUUUUUAUUUUGUACCACAGAACAAAGACUAAGCACCUUACUAUAUUUUUCGAUAAACCUUUUUGUGCAAAGAUUGAAGUGUAUGUUUCAAAUUGACGAAGGCUAUAUUUUUAGUUGAUGUAUUACUAUUUAUUGGAGUGCUGAAAUUCUCUGAAAUGGUUAGUUGUAUUGAAUACAUGAUUUAUUAGUGAGACUGAAAACAAAACGAGGGAAACUGCCCAAGAAAUUCCUGUUUAUCACAGAAAUGCCUUACUAGUGGCACUACCAAAACCUACAUAUGCAUUUGCAAAUGGGAAAGACUGAUUGAGGUCAGUUGUGGUUGCUACUGUAUGUCACCAUGAAACAGCAAUAACAGAAAUGCAGAUGUACCUCUAAUUUAAUUUUUUAUUUACAAUCUUCCAAUAAGAGUUACCUACUUCCCAAAACCAACCAAGGGGUCAUUAUUGUUGAGAAAAGGUUUUCAGUAAAAAAGCCUUUUCAGAACCCUGAACACUAACUUUGAGCUUAGACAAAACUUGAUGCCUAAGUACAGCAUGUUUUACAUGUCAAUAGGUAGAGCUCAGCAGGGCUAGGGUUUCCUACAAUACACAGUGAUAGUGGUUGUCUGGAAGAGAAGGGCUCUAAACAGGAAUUAGUAUGCAGUGGAAUGGGGUGAAUCAGUAAACCUAUUGAUAUGUUUUUGUGUUUCUGCCAGGUUAUGUCAGCAUGAUAGCAAGCAUGAUUUUAAUUGGGAACAUUCCCAUGAUUUUCAGCUGCUGUGUUUUAUGGCACACAUACUGGACAGAAUAAAAUAUUGAAAUGGCACUACAGCUGGCAUGAUAGCAUUAAAAUAUUGCGUAAAAGUGCACAGCCGGUGUUCUGAUACCAAAACAGAAAUCCAGUGCUAGUGCAGCAGUAGUCUAAAAGUAACAGCACAUAUUUACAGUAGGUUCCACAACACUUGUUUUUGUAACUACUCACAACACUUUGAGCUAUGUUCACUUAUUGGAAAUCUUAAAAUCUUUGCUUUGCUUGCUGCAUAGACACUGCGUUUUGUAAAGCUACCAGAUAGAUCAGGUUAACAGCAGAGGCCUGAAAUAUUUUCUACUCUGUAUUUUUACUCCCCCAGAUAUUUUCUUAAUAGAAUUCCACAAUGAUAAAUUGUCCUCUGCAUUCAUUUCUUGCAGUUAUUUUAAAAGACUGUCUUCAGACACACUUCAGAUCUUAUGUUCCCCUUCCAUUCCCUCAGACAUUGGUUUAUCAGAUCUACUGUAUACAGACCAUUUGCAUCCUGACAGGCAGACGUGUUAUCUAGUUGUUGAGGUCUGGACUCAGGAGAGCAAAUCAUGAGUUCAGGUCCUGGGUAGGACACUGAUUUUGUACUGUUGAUUAAAAUAUUUCACUCCAUUAAAUGCCCUGCUGUGUAAUGGGUCUUCAAAUAAGCACAGACAUUUAUUCACAUUUUGUCAUUGUGAAUAAACGUCUGUGCUUACUUGUUCACAGAAUUGACUUAUCUGGCUAAAUGAAGGGUUGCAAAUUGUCUCUAUUAUCCCUAGGUAUAUGCCAAAGUACACUUACAAUUCAUACGAUUCUCUGGAAAUUGCAGUGUACAGGAUAGUGUCCAGUGUAUGUUUUUAUAAAAGGCUGGUAUGUAAUUUCAAUCAAGAACCUGAGUUUGUGGGUUUACUCCAGACAGUCUAAUGUGUAAUCUUUCUUGAAAUCCGUUCAUUGCAUUUCUUUAAGAUUAUAAAAAAUAUUUAGGACAAUCUUAGUGUCGUGUGAUCACUACAUUACUGUACAUAAUUCUGUAUGUAACUUAGAAUUCACUUAAAUCAGGGGCCUGAUCCUUUUUUUCCCCUAAGAUAUAAUACUCACAAAUGCUUGUUUGCUGUUAUUGUAAACCUGUAUAAAGCAAGCAAGAAAUAAGUACAGAAUGCGGUCUACAUCUGUGCUUGUUAAAUCUGAAUAUACUGUAUUUGAGCAUUUUCUUUAGGAUGACAAGGGCAGACAGUUUUCAGUUUCAGUCUAAACCAGCUAGUUCAUCAUAUGAGGCAAAUUUAAUAAAUGAAGACAAAUGCUGUGUACUUCAAAAAGGAUGUGGGAUUUACAUAUCUAUUUUUAUAAACAUCUUUAAGUGUCUAUGUAAACUCCAAACAGUUCUAAAAGUAAAGAACAUACUUGAAGCACUAAUUUUAAAAAAUGUCAUUUUCAUGUACAAUUCAAUACAGUUCUCUUUUUCUGCAUAUUUGAUAAAAUACAAAAAGGCAAAAAGGCUAAUAAAUGCCAUGUGAUGCAGAAGUAUGGCAAAUGUUUAGCCAAGCUUUAUUUCUUUGUCUUAACAUGCAGAUUUAAGUAUUUAAGUCAUGUUUAUUUAGCCAUUACAAUGCCUGAAUUAUUAGGGUGGUUUUAUUUUGCCUUUAUGCCUUUAUUUCAAGUGGAUUUGUGUUGCAGCUCAUUUUUUACAGUUCAGAACUGUGUUGCAUAUCAGAUACGCCUGGCUGAUUUUUAAACCGUGCUCUAACAGAAAGCUGCCUAUUGAAAUCAGUUGAUAGCAUAUUUGUAUUGUAUAGAAACAAUAUUAAAAGUGAACAGUGGGGGCUAAUAUCUUGAGCCUAGACAAGUCAACAUUUUUGCUCACUCAGGCUCUUAAGUCUUUAAAUUUGAAGCUAUAAACAGUAAAUGCUAAUGUCUUGGAUUAGACAAAAGUCAAAAUUUUGCUCAAUCUGGUCAUUGAAUCCUUAUAAUCCUUUAAAAUUGUUAAAACCAUAGUUCUUUCACAUUCUAAUUAUUAUGUUUGCGUCUUCUUAUCCAAAUUAACAUUGUUUCAAAGAAAAAUUAUAUGAUUCAUCAUGUAGUAUGCAAAAUCCAAAAUUCUGGUAGUAUGCUUUUUAAAGGAAGGAUAAAUUGCUUCUUAUAUUGUACAUGAUGUUGUAAAAACUUUCUUCAGCUAAAUGUUCACCACAAAUAAAUCUCAAACUAAGUGAAAUCUAUUGUGUCCGAAGUGCUAUUGCAUUUUACAUCUGCAUUUGUACUUUUUAGCACCUGCGUCUAUAGUCUUUAAUGUACAUGUAAGGGUGUCUAUCAGUAGGAGCAAAUAUCAGUGAAAUGUUGCUCUUUUCCCAUUCUGUUGCAAACAUUGGGUCAGCUUGUUGAUUACAUGAUAUUUUCUUAUAUACAGUACUGUAUGUGUAAAGAAAGAACAACCAAAUGUAACAUGUUGUCAUUACUAUUAAUGUUUGUAUUUGUGGCACAGCAAUUUGAAGGUAAAAGGUCAAUAUGGCUUUAAGCCUUUUUCUUUUGGUUUGCUGAUUUGCAAUAAAUGCUUAUGCUCAUCUUAUGUUUCA